AUCAAGGCCACCUUCCAUCAUCCAAACUUCACGCACCUAGACCACAAACAUCAAAGACAAGCAAGCAGUAGUAAAUAGAAAUCCAACAUGAAGACCCUCCUCAUCUUUGUCCUCCUUGGCAUGGUGAUGAACAUCGCCACUGCCGCUAGGCAGCUAAACCCUAGCAACAAAGAGUUACAGUCACCCCAACAAUCAUUUUUCCAUCAACAACAACCAUUUCCAACACAACAAUCAUAUCCGCAGCAGCCAUAUCCACAACAACCAUAUCCACCACAACAACCAUAUUCAUCGCAACAACCAUUUCCCACAAUCCAACAACAAUUCUCUCAGCAACCACAACAACCAUUUCCCCAGCCCCAACAACCGAUCCCCCUACAACCACAACAACCAUUUCCCCAGCAACCCCAACAACCACAACAACCUUUUCCACAGCCCCAACAACCAUUUCCCUGGCAACCACAACAACCAUUCCCUCUACAACCACAACAACCAUUUCCCCAGCCGCAACUACCAUUCCCCCAACAACCAGAACAAAUAAUUCCCCAGCAAUCCCAACAACCAUUCCCCCUGCAACCGCAACAACCAUUUCACCAGCCCCAACAACCAUUCCCUCACCAACCCCAACAACAAUUUCCCCAGCCCCAACAACCAACCCCCCUGCAACCACAACAACCAUUCCCCCAACAACCACAACAAGCUUUUCCCCAGCCCCACCAACAGUUCCCCUGGCAACCACAACAACCAUUUCCCCAACCCCAACAACCAAUUCCCCAGCAACCACAACAAGUAUUUCCUCUACAACUGCAACAACCAUUCCCCCAACAACUGCAACAACCAUUCCCGCAGCAACCGCAACAACCAUUUCCCCAGCCUGAACAACCAUUCCCCCAACAAUCACAACAACUACUCCCCCUACAACCAUUUCCCCAGCAACCCCAACAAUCACAACAAUCAUUUCCCCAGCCCCAACCCCGGCAAUCCCAACAACCAUCCAUCUUGCAACCGCAACAACCAUUACCCCAGCAACCCCAACAACCACAACAAUCAUUUAUCCAGCCCCAACAACCAUUACCCCAGCAAGCAGAACAAAUAAUUUCCCAGCAACCCCAACAACCAUCCCCCCAGCAACCACACCAACCUCAACAACCUUAUCUACAACAACAACAACCAUCUGGGAGUAGUGUAACAAGCUUUGGUGGCCAAUGAAAUGAAGACCUGUAAUGCAAGAUGGAUGGAUCAUCGUUGUUUAGUCAAUGAGCGUUCAAUGUAACGAUGAUAAAUAAAGUGAUGUGCACCAUCAUGUGUAACCCCGACCUAUACUAGUUCAAACAUGGGAAUAAAAGACAAAGAAAGUUCUUGUCACAAA